CUGUCAAUGUGAUGUGAUACAGCGUGUCUCUUUAAAAGCCGAUUCCUUUAGCGCAGGUCUGUUCUGUCCUCUGGGACUACUAGUUGCUAGGCUAAUUGUAUUGUACUACAGUGCUAGUAGCCAGUUAGAGGUGGAGUGUGUGGUGUGCACGACUACUCGAGAUGAGGAGAGGAAGCACAGAGUCACAGACGGAGCGAAUGUUUUAUUUAUUCGAAUUUCGACAUGCAACAUUUUGUAAGUAGCUUAACUCUACAAUUGGACUCGGUGCAAAUGCUGAAAAUGUCUCGAUGGUAACCAGUAGCUAGCUCACUGGAGGCAGGGAAAGAAAGCUCUCGGUGGUGCUCUGCUCCUAGCUAAACGAAUAAUAAAGGACUUCGAAAGGAAAUGGUCAAGAUGGCAGCUGCAUUCGGAAUGUGAAGGUGCUAGUUUUACAUUUUGAUGUAACCCGCAUAUUGGAAAUGGUUAAGAAACACGGGCAAACGGAACGCUGUUGAUUGAGUAGCUAACGUUAUCUAUUCAUUGAGGACGCGCUACACGCCAUUCCCAAGAUAAGGGAUUCAAUAUAAUUCCACCACCUAACGUAUGUAUUAACACAUUUGAUAUAUUUUUUUAUUUUUACAAAGUACAAACAGACGCUGCAGUACUAGCUCAAUGCACGUAAAAAAGGGGCUUUUAAGUCGCGCCAUCAAUUUUGCUGCGAUCAGCAGAGAGAAGACAGUCGACUGUACGCACGUGGGGUUCCAUCAGCUGGAGGUGUGGAAUGUGGGUACUAGUUAUUGUACUCAUUGUUUUAAUAUGAGUCUGGUAAUGUCAUGCUGAUAUUAUGCAUGAUAACCAAACAAAUAACAUUUUAUUAAUGGAAUGCAAUUUUGUUAAUCAGUGUAUACCGAAUACAAGCGACAAACCAAGGAGAGGAAUAUGGCUGAAGUACCGCACAAUGAUAUUGACAUCGAUCCGGACUUCGAGCCCCAGAAACGACCGAGGUCUUGUACCUGGCCUCUGCCUCGACCGGAGUCCAACACAGGGAAGCCCGAAUCGAACGAUGACAUCAUCCCGGAGGACGAGGAGGAUUAUGUCACAGCGCCCAGCAUCUCAAGCUCCACUCCUGUCAACAAUUUGAAUGGUGGCAUAACUAUACCUCAGAACACAAAUAACUUAUCUGAACACCAAACCCUCCCCAUCACCACUAAGAAAGAAGUACUAACCCCAACUUCAAAAGAGGAGGCCGGGUCUUCACAGACGCAUGCUAUCACAGCUCUCAAUGGCCUGGCCUCCCAACCUAGGAAGUCCUCAACUCGAAGGAAUGCCUGGGGGAACUACUCCUAUGCGGACCUCAUCGCCCAGGCCAUAGAGAGCUCCCCGGACCAGAGGCUGACAUUAGCCCAGAUCUAUGAUUGGAUGGUGAGAUCUGUCGCUUACUUCAAGGACAAAGGGGACAGCAACAGCUCUGCAGGCUGGAAGAACUCCAUCCGACACAACCUCUCUCUCCACAGUCGAUUUAUGCGGGUGCAUAAUGAAGGAACGGGGAAGAGUUCCUGGUGGAUGGUCAACCCAGAGGUUGGGAAAAGUGGCAAAGCUCCACGACGACGGGCCGUAUCCAUGGACAACGGCAACAAGCUGAUCAAAGGUGCUCGAGGCCGAGCCGCGAAGAAGGCAUCUCUAGGCCUACAGACCUUCCAAGAUGGCAGCUCCGAGAGUUUAUCUUUGUCCUCUAGCCUGUCCAAGUGGACAGGAAGUCCGACGUCUCGCAGCAGCGACGAACUGGACACCUGGACAGACUUCAGGUCACGUACCAACUCCAACGCCAGCACGGUCAGUGGCCGCCUCUCCCCUAUCCUGGCCAACCCGGAACUGGACGAGCCUCUGGAUGACGACUCGAUCGCGCCCCUCUACUCCAGUCCCAGCAGAUUGUCCCCCUCCACCGCCACCCUCGGUCUGGGCGACAUGGCCCUUACUAUGAACCUCAACGACGGGCUCCCUGACCACCUGAUGGGCGACUUUCUUGACAACAUCAGCCUGACGGCGUCCCAGCAGCCCCAGGGGCAGGAAGUGGAGAGCAGAACCAAUCAGACGGGGAGCUCAGUGUUUACCUACACGUGUCCAGGAAGCAGCAGUAGUCUGGUCGUCCCGUCCUCCGGCAGCUUCGGCCCUCCCGGCACCAUCUUCCUGCUCAGCCCUCCACCCUCCUCAGUGGCCUCCCUACGUCAGUCCCCCAUGCAGACCAUCCAGGAGAACCACCAAGCUUCCUUCUCCUGCCUGUCCUCUCGUUUCAACAACCACCACACUCUGCAAGACCAAAUGAACCUGGAGACCCAUGGCAGCCAUGUCAGUGACGUCAUGCUCACACACUCUGACCCGAUGAUGUCACAAGCCAGCGCCUCUGUGACUUUGCCCCUGAAUUACCAGCGGAAUGCUAUGCUACUCCGCAAGGACCCUAUGUCAUCAUCAAUCCGGGACUGUGCUGCAGGUCCAAAUUCACAGACUCCCCCAGUGCCCGGUUGGUGGGCUCAGGCUGGCUUGUCAACACCUGACAAUGAAAUCUUGUGCUCAAGCAAUGAAUUGGCCCAGCAGGCCAACCAGAUUCUCCAGCACCUCCCAUCUCCCAGUAGAAAUUAUUGUAUGCAGCUUGGUGGCUCUGGUACCAACGGCAGAUCUGGAAGCCUUUUGCAGUUGAAUGCUCAGGACCACUUCCCAAUACCUUCAGACCCUGAUCUGGAGGUGUUCAACGGCAGGCCGGACUGUGACAUACGUAAUGAGCUGAUGGACGCUGACUGCCUUGGCUUAUGUUUUGACCGCUCUCCCCUGCGCUCUGGUACUCAGACCACUAAUAACUUAAGUACAGGAGGGGGAUUCUCCAGCUCCAAACAAACCUCUUCUUCCCCAAGCUGGGUUCCAAGCUAGCUGAGGUAGUGUCCUACCCAGUGCCCGGUUUCAGAACAGUGUCAGGCUUGGGGACAGUUUGAAUUUCAGUUAAGGAAAUUCAAUGGAAUUUGUGUACUUGCUGAAUUGACAUGGAAUUGAACCCAACCCUGAUCAGUAUAGAGUGAUCAUUGCAGGCAUUCCAUAUCUAGAACUGCAAGUGUCUGGAAGACAAGAUGGAGAGGAGCUUCUUUGUACCCUAAACCAUGUUCCAAAAACAAGGAAGCUUGAGUCUGAUUUCAGGGCAUGUAUUCACAAACCGUCUGCCAGUAGAAGGGAUGGUCUAGGACCAGGACCACUCUUAUUCAUAAUGAUCUGAAAGGCAAAAACGGAUAUUAGAUUAGCACUCGUGCUUUGUGAAUACAGGCCCUGGACUGUAGAGCUGUGUCUAAUCUGUUGGAAGUUGGGACAGUGACAAUUAGUUUUUAUUUUUUUUAAUAAAAAACAACCUUUUUUAACACCAGUGUUAUCAGUGGGAUUUUAGAUGUAAAUGUGAAAGACACUGCUUUUAAGUCUCAGGGAUUUGUCCUUAUGUGGUGGAUUGUAAACACUUUUUACCCUGCUUUCCCAUGUCAUAUUUCUUAACCAACCAUGAACCAACGCUAUUUUUACCAAACCAUUUGUCAGUCCAGUGGUUGACUGCCUGUUUACAUCUAACAAGCUCCAGCGAAUGUGACCUUUUUUUGUUGUAGAUACUCGAUUCAGCUUUUUGUGCUUUUACUGGUGUGUUCUCAGCAGAAAAGAGGACAAAAUAAACAAUUGUUUUUAAAAAGCCUUGCAUCAGUGCACAAUUCCAUACACCUAUAUAAUAAUGAGUAAUAUCAAGUCCAAGGUAAUCCACAUUGUGUUGAUUGUACUGUAUGUAACUUGUGUUUAAUUUUCUUCAGUGAUUUUAGUAUUCAAUACUCCUGUGAUAAACCCUCAGAAGGAUGACAAGUUUCUGCUUGUAAAGGGGGGGGGACCUGAUCCUAGAUCAGCACUCCAAAUCUGACACUUUUUUUACAGCUUACAAAAAUCAAUUUCUUCUGAACAUUUACAUUGAAUAAGCAUUUACUCAUGCUAAAUAUUGACAUAUAGGCUAGGCCUAAAAUAUGAAUAUGGAAAAUAACAUUACAUGUAGAAUCAGAAGCAAUAAACUCUCAAUGUUCUGAAUUAUUGCCCAAAAAAUAUAUAAGUCAAUAUUUUGAGUAGAUUUCCCACAUGGAGUAGGAUUACGUGACGCGAUGUUAACUAACUUCAUAGUAACACCAAAGGAGGUCUUGGUAAUUAAUUUUGACGGAUUUAAACUCCUAAUACAACAUAUUUAGAAUACAGUGAUUGGUUUUGGGAUGGUUAACCAUUUGACAGGCUGUUUUUAUGCUGAAACAAGUUGUUUGUAUCAUUAAAGGAGCAAUCUGCAGAUUGACGGAGCAUCUUGCUAUGUCUGUUUAUAGACUUUUAAAUGAAUGAUGCAUACCCCUUGAUUCUUGAACGUAACAAGAGAUGCUUACCUCAACUGUCGUAACCCAUUAAACCCAACAUGUAAACAAACACUAUAUAGCCUCAGCAUGGUUGAAACCAAAUCAGUGGUGGAGGUGUCCUCUUUGUUGUUGUUCAAACUGCAGAUUGCGUCUUUAAAGUAAUUAACACUACUACACGUACUGUAGAUCAACACCCUGCCUACCUGUUCUUAUUUACCUCACCGGUCCUCCAUCAAUUGCUUCUACAUUGCUUGCUGUUUGAGUUGUGACAUCUGCGGAUGUAAAAUACAUUUAUAAAUAAAUUUGAUUGACCACAACCAUAUUUGAUUUCGGUUGGCUUUUCCUCAUGUAUUUUUCCACUUUGCAUUAUGUUAUGUAUGUCUGAGAAAUGGUGCAUGUCAAUAAAAGCUUUGUGAAGCAC